AUGCCGCGCAAGCGACAGAAGCGGGGGUGGGAGGGCGGAGACGGAGGCCGCGACGGCGACGAUGACAGAGAGGAAGGCAGCGUAGCAGGCAGCGGAGGAGGCUCACCGCCGCAGCCGGCCGCUUCCUCCUCCGCGCAGGCGCUGAAGCGGCUGUGCCGCUUGCCGUCCGACCUUGGGAUUAGGGGCUGUAGUUGCAGUUGCAGCCAUCACCAGGGACAGGGGCUCCCCACUGGCUGUCCCUGUGUGCAAGCGGUCAAGACAAGAAUCAACGCUGCUAUUAGCCGGUUUAUGGAAGAGGUGGCACAAGUACUUACAAGCUCCUGGAACCUUUCUCCUAAUCCACAAGAGAGAAUUGAACAGAACCUGCCUCCAACCUACAAACUCACCUUCGUGAAUUCCAUGAGCGACAAAAUUUUUACAAAGAGGGAGGUCCGGGCAGCGGGUGGGGGUCACCUCAUGAUAAAAUUGGCUGUAAGCAAUCAGCAAGGUAGCAACUUUCCCCAGCUUCUCUCGGCCAAUGUCAAGGUUUUGGUUCUGGAUGGUGACUUCAAUGCGGACAAUCGUGAGUGCUGGACAUCCGAGGAGUUUGAACACCAUAUAAUGAUCCCACGGGACAAAAUUGGGGCGUUCACAAGGAGUGGCAAGUUUAGGCUUGGGGUAAUGCUUAUUGAUAAUCAUGGUGAAAGAGUUCAAGAAGCUAUAACUGAACCUUUCACAGUGAAGGACCGCCGAGGGGAAGGAUACAAAAAAUGUGAUAUUCCAACACUGGAUGAUGAAGUAUGGCGCCUGGACAAGAUUGCAAAAAAGGGUCCCUUCUGUAAGUCAUUGGAGCAGAGAGGCAUUACUUUGGUGAAGCACUUCCUGAGGCUGUAUUAUAUGGAUGAGAAAACACUGCGCAAUAUUCUCAGCAGUGCCUCAGAUGCAUUCUGGAAAAAGAUGGUUAAUCAUGCUAAGAAGUGUGAUCCUGGCACAGCCCUUUACUCUCACUUUAUGGAAGACAAGAAAAUUAGGCUGUACUUCACUUGUGUGGGUCAGAUUGUAGGAGCAACAAUAGCUGACCAGUAUCAUGUUUAUGAUGAUCUUGAUACAAUUUGGAAGGACCAAGUGAAAAAGUGGAGUAAGGAUGCAUAUGAAUGUAUGGACUAUCAUCAACAUGAUUAUGAAAUGUAUAAUAGACAACCAAGAGCAAUUAACUCCACUACUCUCCAGGGAUCAAUCAUGUCACCAACUAAGCCUACUGGUCAAAUUAUUCAUGAAACUGAUGAACAAGAUACUUCAGAGGUGAACCGAGUUUUUGGUGUAUUCUCCCAGCAGUUUCCACUCCAGAGGAUUGGGUCCAGGAGAGUAAGGGCGUUACCUUGUGUACAAGAAAACAAUGAAACUAAAAAAGUGGAAAGCAGUACACCAAAUAGUGUCCCUUUUGCAGAUUAUCCAGUUUGCUGUACAGAGCAGGGGGGACCUUCUCAGUGCCCAUUUCCUCCCUCUCUAACCGUGCCAGCUGAUUGUCCUGGUUUCUCAUUGCAACAUAGCUUCAGCGAGAGUGACCUCCACGAGAUAAUGAAGAUGUUGGAGCCAGAUGAGCCACACGAAGAACUGCUCAUCAAUAAGAUCUCUCAGUUUUCCACUGCCAAUUUGAGCGACAUGCCAGCUGAUGUUCGCUGCUUCAUGGUGAAGCUGCUCUCCUUCCCCAGGUGGAUAAAAUUGGCUGCUCCUGUGAAGUGGAUGGCUAUAAUGUCUUCAUCUAAGAAAAUAAGGGCUGCAAAGGGCAAGGCUCAUGCUUGA